CGAUAAUGACUAAAAUGUAAGAUGCUGGGAAGUUGUCAAUAAAAGUAAAUGCUAGUUUAAUGUACCAAGUUUAAGUAUUGGUUUAAUAAUAUUUACGUUUAAAAAGACAUUUGUGUGUUUAGGUUGAAUUGCUAACAUGACGUGGAGAUCAUUCACGUUGGCUAACGUUUCACUGGUCAAAGAUCGGCUAACAGCUAACUAGCUCCUUGUUAGCUGUCUCUGCUAACAAAGAGCCGUAGCCCUGUAUGCUCGCUGUUGCCGUCCCAGAGGGGCUGUGGUCCCUCUUAUAAAGGCGGUAAAGAACUAGUGAAAGUGGACUGGGGAAGAAUUGGAGUGUCUGGCUGUCCUGCCUUUGCCCACAGUAGGACGUUUGGUUCCCGUUGAAGGCAGUGCAUGUGUGUUCCUCAACAGUAAUUCCUUAUGCUGGUUAGAAGCUGCACCGUGUGUCUUACAGGAUGGAUGAUGUGGACUUAAAGAGACUUGUGUAUCUUCAUCGGCAUUCUGUGUUCAGCUGUGGUAUUCAAUCUUUUACCAUUUACAAGAGAACACCCCCCAUCCUACACCUCCAACUCCUGCACUCUAUGUGUAAAGAUUGUCUUUAGAGACAAGAGAAACGACAGGCUGAGAUAGAAGUUGCAAGACUUUCUAUCUUUUUUUAAAGCACAGACCAUUACUGCUUACAUAAGCUUAUAUGGCAGACAUGGAACUACCUUUAUUUUAAUUUUUCGGUUAUUGUACCCCCUUUCUCUUGGUCUGGGUGGUGGGAUGUCGGUGAAGCCAGACGACAAAAUGGUGAAGUUCCUGGCUCCCCCGCAGAAGAGUGGAAAUGGCCCCAGUUCUGGUUCAGAUUCGAUGGUGAGUGAAUGCCGGCCGACAGAAGUGAGACGCCGGCAUCACACCAUGGAGCGUGACCGAUGUAACCCUGAACACCGCUUCCUACGCCGCAGUGUCAUCAGUGAUUCCAAUGCAACAGCAUUAGCCCUACCUUUACCCAGCAAGAUCCCCAUCCCUGCACCUCAAAGGGUUCAGUUACGGGAAGCGGUCCCCCAGCGGCAACAAGCGACUGUCUCCUCUCAUUUGCCUAGGGCUGAACCAAGUUCAGCUCAUAACGAGGUGUCUGCUGUUAGUGGAGGAGGACAAGAAAGAAAAGAUAUAAAAAUAGCCAAGGUGAACGUAGUGCCUUCAGAGCAGGAGCCUGCCAUUGUACAAGAUAUCUGCGAUGGAGAGGUUGUAGUAUCAGCCCACUCUUCCCCACGUUUGGGAACAGAAGUGCAGAGUCAAACUGAACCUGAAAGCACCGCUGAGGUGAAGGAACAUCAUGGAGAAGAAGGGGAGGAAGAAGAUAAGUCCGCCAAGGCACGUGCAGAGGCAGAACAGAGAGAAGCGGAGAAAAGGGUUCAGGACGAUAUUGAGGAGGCAGAAACCAAAGCAGUGGGAACAUCACCAGAUGGACGUUUCUUAAAGUUCGAUAUAGAAAUUGGACGUGGCUCCUUCAAGACGGUCUACAAAGGCUUGGACACUGAGACCACAGUGGAGGUAGCUUGGUGUGAGCUUCAGGAUCGUAAGCUAUCAAAGACAGAGAGGCAGCGCUUUAAGGAGGAAGCAGGGAUGUUAAACGGACUACAGCAUCCCAACAUUGUGCGCUUUUACGACUCCUGGGAGGGACCGUCCAAAGGCAGGAAGUGCAUUGUACUGGUCACUGAGCUCAUGACUUCUGGCACUCUGAAAACAUAUCUCAAGCGGUUCAAGGUGAUGAAAAUUAAAGUGCUGCGUAGCUGGUGUAGACAAAUCCUCAAGGGACUUCACUUCCUUCAUACACGAGCUCCCCCCAUAAUCCACAGGGACCUUAAGUGCGACAACAUUUUCAUCACAGGGCCGACAGGAUCCGUCAAGAUUGGAGACUUGGGACUUGCCACCCUAAAGCGUGCAUCAUUUGCCAAGAGUGUAAUAGGUACCCCUGAGUUCAUGGCGCCUGAGAUGUAUGAGGAGAAGUACGACGAGUCAGUGGAUGUGUAUGCCUUUGGAAUGUGCAUGCUGGAGAUGGCCACCUCAGAGUACCCUUACUCAGAGUGCCAGAAUGCUGCACAGAUCUACCGCAGAGUUACCAGUGGUGUGAAGCCGGGCAGCUUCGACAAGGUGGCCAUUCCUGAAGUGAAGGAGAUCAUCGAGGGAUGUAUUCGCCAGAACAAGGAUGAAAGGUACUCGAUUAAGGACCUUCUGAACCACGCCUUCUUCCAGGAGGACACAGGGGUGCGUGUGGAGUUGGCAGAAGAGGAUGAUGGAGAGAUGGAAGCUAUCAAGCUGUGGCUGAGAAUUGAGGAUGUAAAGAAACUGAAGGGAAAAUACAAAGACAACGAAGCUAUCGAGUUUUCUUUUGACCUCAACAAAGACGUCCCAGAAGUUGUGGCUCAGGAAAUGGUGGAGUCUGGUUAUGUGUUUGAAGGUGACCACAAGACCAUUGCAAAGGCCAUCAAGGACAGGGUGUCUCUUAUCAGUCGCAAGAGAGCACAGCGACAGCAGGUGAGAGAAGAUCAGCAGAAGAGAAUUCUGGAGGAGGAACAGCAGAGUCAGAUUCCACCUGCACAGCCAACAGGCCAGCUGACGAGCACAGAGGUGCCCCACCCCCAGCCCAUUCCCCAGCCCAUUCCCCAGCCCAUUCCACAGUCUACUUAUGUCCCCCCGCAACCAACCCAACACAGCCCACAGAUAUCUGCCCAACCUGCGUCUCAACAAAGCCUUCCGAGCGCAAACUACAGCACUCCGCAAUCGACCCAGCUGACUGGCAUGCCACAGGGGGUCCCUUAUGUCCCCCACUCAACGGGGCAAGUUCCAGCUUCAGUUCAGGGUCAGAGUGUGGCCCCCGUACAGCCAGAGUCAGAGGAGCCUGAGACUGACCAACCUCACCACACUGGAGGAGACAGACUGCCUGGUUCCUCCGUCCUUCAUGAAACCCAGCCUCCUCAGACUGGAAUACCGUUUAACCCCUCUCCAAGUCAACACCAUCAGCCCCAGGUGUCCGGCCCCCUGUCACAAAAUGACCAAACGCAACAGCAGCAGUUGUCAGUGGUUCAACCACAGAUACAAGCUGCACAACUUGAAGUUGUUCCAGUUGCACCCAGUGGCCAGUCUGUUCCAGCAGCCACGCCACAGUACGGAGUUUACUACCAAUCAUCGCUUCCCCCUCAGAUUCCCCCCCAGCAAGUGAUAAUGCCCCCCUCCUCUCAGCCGUCUCCACCCCAACAGCAGCAACAUCCAGAGAGCAGCAAUUCUCUCCAGAACAUCAUUCUGCCACAGUCUGCAGCACUACAGGCCCCUGUAAGUGUUUCUCAGUCUUCAUCAGCCGAGCAGCCAGCAGGAUCCUCGGCUGUUGUCCAUCCAUUUGUAGAGAGCUGCCUGUCAGAUGCAGCUUCAGGUCUAAGCGACGGUAACGAUGGAAGCUCCACAUCAGGUGGUCGCCACGAGGGGCGCUCGCUGAAGCGUCACCAGAGGCGAUCUGUACGCAGCCGCUCCCGCCACGACAAGACUGCAAGAGCCAAGCUGAAUGUUCUGAGUAUCUCUAAUGUGGGGGACAGAGUGGCCGAGUGCCAGCUAGAAACGCACAACAGGAAGAUGGUGACCUUCAAAUUUGACCUUGACGGGGAUAAUCCAGAGGAGAUCGCACAGAUCAUGGUCGAGAGUGAGUUCAUCUUGGAGAGCGAGCGAGAGUCCUUCAUCGAGCAGGUCCGGGAAGUCAUAGAAAUGGCUGAUGAGAAAGGAGAGGGCAUGAAGGAAGGCUUUCCACAGAUAAGUAAUCAACAACAGCAGACUGAGCUUUCUGUUCCCAUGCUGCCAGGCAUUUCCCCCAGUACCACAGCCCAGGUGGUGCAUUCGGCAGGACGAAGAUUCAUAGUCAGCCCAGUGCCAGAGUCUCGUCUUAGAGAGCAGUUCUUUGGAGCUACUUCUGCUAAUACCUCCUUUGGAGAUGAACUUCCAGCUCCUAUGGCAUUGGGCCUUUCUCUGUCUGCUCCUUCUGGGACUCUGCAGCAGGCUUUCAAUAAAGUAAAGCAGGAACGUUUAGAGAGAGGUAACACCAUCGAUCCUCCAGCUACUGAGCAACAACCAGAAACUAAACCGUCCAACGAGGCUGCACUCGAUCCAAACUCGAACAAUGUUCCGCCUCCUCAAGAAGCCGCAGCCUCUACAGCUAGCUCUACAUUUCCUGCUGCGUCCUUGUUGCCUUCCUCAACUGGGAGAGUUUCCCCUUUGCCUGUCUCUGCUCAGUCCCAAACUCCAGCCCCCGUCAUCAAUGAUACCAGUCCCUCUCCCCAAUCUCUCGGUGAAUCGGCCCCCGCACAACUUCUACCAGCCGCCAACCUCCCUCCCUCAUCCUCCACUCUUUCUCCUCCAUCCGUGCCGACCUCCGUCCCCUCCGUCCCUGUGCCUCAAUCGAGCGGCGGUUCUGUCUCUGCACCUUCUGUUGCUGCUAAUUCACCCAGCAGUACAGGCACUGUCCCCUCUUCAGAGCAGCAGCCUUUUAACGGUGCUGCUACGUCUUCUCAGCCUAUGAAUUCGUCCAUCCAUGCACCUCAGAACACGACCCCCCAGGGUCAGCCUGUUCCUCCUCCCAGUCAGAGUCAGGUCCAGCCACAGCCGACAGAGACAGAAGGGGCUGAGCUCCAGAAUAAGACUGGCGGGGAUGACAUCCAAGCUCUCGAUAAGAAGCUACGGUCCCUCUUUAAGGACCAGAGCUCUGCAUCCAUGGACCCCAGUCAGACCACAGGCACCUCCUCUCCUCCCACUGGUACUUGUUCACCCCCACCUGGAGCCGCUCUGCUGCCUCCAUCUAACCUCCCCCUCUCCUCUGGGGUGCAGGGUGUCCUUGGCCCCUCCACCACCCCGGGUGGACAUGCUCAGACACCUCCAACUAAGCCCAGGGCACAGACUUUACCUUCUGGUUUUGAUCAAGCUGCUACACCUCCCUCCGACCUUGUACCGCCAUUUCCUGGACCAAAUCAGGUACAACCCCUGGGCAAUUUGGAUGCCGAAUUGAGGAGAGCUCUGAGCCCUGAGACUGUUCAGGGAGGCAACAGAGUCCAAACCCCGGCUGCAGGUUUCACUCUUGGACGUUUCCAGGUGUCUGUUGCUACUGAUGGUGCAUCGCACAGAGCACCAGGUCCCUCCAGCCUCGUUUCCUCGUCUUCACUGACACCGUCCUCGACCUCCUCAUCCUCUUCUUCUACGUCGUCGUCCGAACCCUCAAGUCCAGAAAACACCCUCCACCGGUCAUCCUCUCUGUCCAAAGAGGUUUGUGAAACUGACGCUGUAAACCGAGCCCAGACUGCCACUGAUGGUCCCCCCAAUCAGCCCACCACUAUUGGGCGCUUCCAAGUCUCCACGAGCAGCAACGCUACAUCUGAACCAACUGCUGGCUCAAAAGUGGGACGUUUUUCCGUCACAGUGACUCCAGCUCCACCUGCAGGCUCCAGUCCACCACAUGGCUCCGGUGUGCAGAACGGACCCUCCUCUUCACCCUCUGAUGCUCAUAACACACACCCCCAUUACAGCAGCGACAAUGACGAUGACUCUGAGAACGAGGACGAAGCUUUGCAGAAAGAAAUCAGCCGUCUCAGAGAAAAGCACAUGAUGGAGAUCCAGGCCUUGCAGACUCGUCAGAAAGAGGAGAUUGAAUCCUUGUUCAGUAAGAUGGGAAAACCUCCUCCGCCUUCUGUCAUCGCACCCGCUGUUGCGAUGGCUGGAGGUCGUCGCAGGCGCAAAAGCCACAAGUCGGCACGCAGCAGUGGACAGCCUAGUCCCAAUCAUUCAGGGUCCCCGAUCUCCCCGAGUCUUUACGGGUCACAGUCCUCUGCAAAGCAUACUUCCCCCUCAGCAUCAAUGGCCUCGCAAGAAGCAGGUAUCCGGUCUACCAUGCAGUCGCUCAGAUCCUCUCCAUCUAUGCCUAGCCUCAGUAGUUGCUCAACAGUAUCAAGUGAGACUGGUUCCACAAACGGUUCAAACCACUGUCAGAACCACUCCACCUCCCUGACCCAGGCGAGUGGACCUACUCCUUCUGUCUCUCACACCCAGAAGGGGAAGGGUACUUUCACCGAUGACCUGCACCAGCUGGUGGACAACUGGGCCCGGGACGCCAAGAGCCUCUCCCAGGUCAAGAGAUGUCCUCGAACCGGGGCUCAGUCUGCACUGGGACACGAGAUAAUCCCUCCUGCCAACAUGGGCCGCAAAUUCUCUGCUCCAGGGUACCUCUGCCCAACUCUUCCCUCACCUUCCAACACGACAUCCACCACCAGCAGCACUUCUCACCACCAGAACACGACCAACCCCGCUGUCGCUGUGGGGCCUCGUAAAGGCUCUUUGGGCCCUGUAGCCCAGAGCUUUGGAUACACCUCGACCCCUUACAGCGGCUCUCAGUGGGCAGGACCCACAAGCACAGGCCAAGUCAGCAUGCUUAACCCCCCGCAGCCACUGACGCAGUACCAGCCGCCCACGACAGCCCCGGUGUCCAUGCACCAAAGCUACCACAUCGGAGCCACACCAGCCCCUCAGAAAUCAGUCGCCCCAGGAGGGUCCAACUUGAGGCCGACAUAGCCCCAGUCUGAGCCCUGGUCCAGGCUUGAGAUGAAGGACCACACAGGGCAGACAGUCACGGACAAGAACCACUAGCUGUUAGCUGGUUAAAUGGCUGUGCAUUUUUAUUUUAAAUUCAACUUUUAUUAUGUUUUUUUUUGGUUUUUUUUGUGAUAAAGCUGACCUGUGUGGUUCAAAGUUCUCUCAAGUGCAGAGCAAGUUCUGUCUGGCUAUCGGAGGGAAGAGUGCAAUACACUUCCGCAGCACAAGAGUGUCACACCUAGCCUGCCAUUAGCUGUGGAAUGGAGCUGUGACGAGUCAGUUGGUUAGUGUCCAAUCCUUAAGGCGGAACCACCAACAGCCAAAGACGAGCAGAUGUUGCAAUGUCCGCAUUACCCUUGAAGAGAGGGGGAAAGGUAGGAUGGGAUUCUGGUUCAAAGCCUGGACUGAAGGCUGUUGAACCAAAUCGCCACAAACAAACACACACAACUCAACACUUACCCUGUGUGUGUGUGACUUUGGAUCGAAGGUUGAAGUUGUUUCAGAAAGCGUGUGGGGGGGAGUCUCAGAUGGAAAAGUGAAAGUUUGACAAGUGGAGCUAGAAGAAGGACACAGUAAGUCAGGCAGGAGUGUCAUGGAAGGAGUUGCAGUAUGAAACCAUCCCAGUGGCUACCUAUUAAGUAAAAUGCAAUAAUGGCAAAGAGUAGAAAUGUUGUCCCUUGUAACUGUGGCCUUAAAUCCCCCAAACACAUUGAAACAUAUUGUACAUAGAUAUUUCUCCACUGGGUCAUGAGUCCAUGAUCAGCAUAUUUAUGUCCCUGUGAGUCUGGUGUCUUUGUAUCCAUACAGCUUUAUUAUAUUUCUGUUUUUGUUUUUUUUCAUGUCAGAUGUGGAAGUCAGUGCAUCAGCCACAUUAAAAAAAAGAAAACAUUUUUCCUGGUGUUGACCACCAUACUAUGAAACUUGAGAGGCGAUGCUGCUAGUCUGGGUAGAGGGGUGUUUGCAGGGUGUUUUUUCUUUUUCUUUAAUGCUAGAAUUAAAUCUUAAGAAUCCCACUUUGACACACCUUCACUCAGUGAGGUUUAACAUCCACUCAUAUCAUUCAACAUAGAAUAGUUUUGGUUUAUUGCAAUAUUAGCUUCCCACUUGUCCACGUCUUUGACACAGACGCUGCACACAGACGACCAGGUUGUUUAGUGAUUUCAUGUCGCUGUUAGAUCUCUCCGCUCAUGACGUCCAGCUGUCCGAGGUGUCUGGGGUUCUCUCUGUGGUCUGUUUUUUUGUAUGCGUAUAUUUAAUAAAACAAAUGUUCUUUAUGGACCUGUAUUCAGCCAUCAGAUUUUGAUGUUGUUUCACUGUAAUUAUUAUUAAAAGGUUGUUAAACAACAUGUAGUUAAAGGAAUAUAAAAAGUGCAAUUGCAGGGUUUGUUGUUAUUGGCAUCCUUCUUACCACACAGGAGUAAAUCCUGCUGUUAAUUAAGCUCUUCUAUGACUGCCCUGCCCCCCCCUUUCUUUCUUUUUCUAUUUAAUUGUACAUAUGUUAAUGUGAGUAUAUGCUUUCAUGUAACGCUCAGUCACCAGUGUAUGCUUUGUGAUGACCCACUCUGCACGCACAUGCACUCAAACCUGUAAACAUGAGGAACACUUUAGUGCCUUGCAUCCUCACUAAUGACAAGUUCCAGAUUUCAUUUAGUCCCGCAUCUGUGACUGUACCGCAGAGAAAAAAAAAAGCUACUUCUCCUACUUAAAAAAAAAACCUGUACACAACGUAAACACAAAUGAUCACACGGCCAGCUGAAGCGAUGUAACGCUGAACCAUCUGACACCACUCACAGGACGCUGAACAAAGAGCACACUGAGGAAUGUGGAAACUGUUUUCUUUUACUCACUACGGUUACAUUUGUGUAAUAAUCCGAGCUGUGUAGUUUCAGCUCAUGCGUACAUGGAUUUGGCUGACAUUCGUUUUGUGGAUUUAUCAUUAAACUGUUUAAUAGAAGCACUUGUUCAGGCAGAGUGAGAUGUAAAAAAAAAAAGGAUAAAAAAUUGUCUCGACCUCACAAGAGUGCCAUGCUGUCAUUGUGACUCUUCUGCCAAGUAGUUAAACUUCUCUAGAGAAAAAAUAAGUUACUGCAAUGCAGAAUAUGCAAUGUUUAAAGUUGUUAUGGGACAGGGAAGAAGGGGAACAUUUGCAUGCUGAUGAGGGUUGUUACUGACUUCAGUGUUUUUGAUAUUGGACUAUUAGAAAUCUUUUUUUUUUUUUUUAAUCUUUGCUUUUUUUGAGUCAUCACAAAGUGUUUGUUCUGUUCUGCUGCCAUUCAACAUUAUCACAGGCACAACUUCAAUAUCAGAUUUAUCUGCAUGCCGGCGUCACUGAUGUUUAAAAAUUACAAACUGAAACCACAACUCACAACUGGCCACUGUACAGCACAAGCUCAAUAAAGCUUCUGGUCCUCGUGUUAUUAUUCCGUAAAUACACAGUACUGACACACACACUAAUAGUAUCUGUUGAACUCUUUAUUUCUGAUCCCUCCUUACUGAUUUCCUGUGAUUCUGUGUCUGUUUUGUGUACGUUUUUCACAUUGUACAAAAUGUAAAAACAAAUAAAAAGAAAUAUCAUUUAAAACA